AUGAGCCAGUUCCGAACCACAAAGGCUGGACUUGUGGCAUGUGGAGUGAUCUGCACCUUCAUCUUCCUUUACUUCGGGAGCCCAGGUCCCGAGGAGGCUGAGGAGGAGCCCGCCCACUUGGCUGUGGUGGAAUGUGGCUUCUAUCCAGAUGAACUGUGCUCAGCUUUAUUUGAAGGGAAAAAGGCAGCCCCCCAAAUCGCACAAUUCUGCAAACCCCCUCACAAUUCUGAAAUACUUGCUCAUUUCCGCACACCAGGAAACUGUUCCAGGAUGGCCUGGGGGCUGCAUUUCAUAACGAGACCCCUGUCUGCAGAAGAAAAGAACUUCUCUUUGGCGUAUAUUAUAAGUGUUCAUAAGGAGCUGGCCAUGUUUGUGCGGCUUCUCAGAGCAAUUUAUGCACCUCAGAAUGUCUAUUGUGUCCACAUUGAUGAAAAGGCCCCAAAGAAGGUCAAGAGUGCCAUGCAAUCCUUUGUGAACUGCUUUGAAAAUGUCUUCAUUUCAUCAAAGACACAGCAGGCGGCUCAUGACGGCCCUAAGAGGCUGCAGGCAGAGAUUAACUGCAUGAGAGACCUUGUCCACUCCACAUUCGACUGGCAUUAUGUUAUGAAUCUCUAUGGACAGGAAUUCCCAAUCAAAACCAACAAAGAAAUCAUAAGCUACAUAAGAACCAAGUGGAAGGGUAAAAACAUCACUCCCAGGGUGAUCCCACUUCCAAAUACCAAUCCAAAGCCAGUCCAGAGCCCCCCUGAGCCUCACCCCAAAGAAAAUGCCCACACAUCCCCAAAGACAAGGCUCAAACAAAAACCACCCCAUAACCUGACGGUUUACUCUGGAAGUGCUUACUUCGCACUUACAAGAAAGUUUGUAGGGUUCAUCCUGACUGACCCCCGUGCAAAACGCAUGCUGCAGUGGUCCAAAGACGUCCAGAGCCCGGAGAUGCACUACUGGGCGACCCUGAGCCAACUGAAAGAUGCUCCAGGUGCCACAUCAGAUGCUGGCUGGGAAGGAAACAUCCAAGCCACUAAAUGGAGAAUGGAGGAAGGAGACGGUCACAAGGGGUGUACAGGCCAUGAUGCCCAAGACACCUGUGUCUACGGCCUGGGAGACCUGCCUUGGCUCGUCCAGUCACCAGCUUUGUUUGCCAAGUUUGAGCCGUCCACAGACCCACUGGUGGUGGCAUGCCUAGAGAGGUGGCACAGACUCAAAGCCCUGCGGCAGGCCGAGGUCCCCGCAGAGUCACACUGGCAGUUUCCCCAGGAAAGCCACUUCAACAGUCAACCCCACCACUAG